AUGUCCCUCCGCCAGCUGAUUGCUCUCCUGAGCCUGCUCAGUGGGGCCCACUUGCCCACAGGCUUUGGGAGGCCUGGACCCCAGGGGCCCCCAUCUCGGCUCUGGGCUGCCACCAAUGAGACCCGGGCUCUGGGCCGAGGGGUCCCAGCCUCCCAGGUACAAUCCUCUGCCCUCAGCAGCUGGAAGGCCUUCUUGGGCCUGCAGAAAACUGGCAGGGGUACACUGCAGCAGGGGCAGGAAGCGGCCCCCACGAUGUCUCUGCCCCUGGACCCGCACGAAGUGACCCGGGAGAGGUGCAAGGCUGUGCCGUUCACCCAGGUGAUCUCCCAGCCCGGCUGCACGGCAGUUCACCUCCGAAACCACCUCUGCUUUGGCCACUGCUCGUCCCUCUACGUCCCCGGCUUGGACCCCACCCCACUCGUCCUUUGCAACAGCUGUGUGCCCACUCGAAAACGCUGGACACCCGUGGUCCUGUGGUGUCGGGCGAGCGGCCCCGGCUCCCGUCGACGGAUGAAGACGUCUACUGUGCUGGUUGAAGGAUGUCAGUGCAGCCCGAAGGCGUGA